AUGGAUAAACUCAACUACAGUAAAUGCCCGCUGAAAAAGCGACCAAUUCUCGUCGAGGAGCCGCCACAUGAGGAUCACCUGUGUCAUGAUGAGGGACCCGUUGAUCUUAGUGUGGCUUCCGCUGCGGUGCCCCUAGUGCCUCCACAUUGGUCCAUCAAAAAGGUGCCGCAGCCACAGCCGGUGACGCAGGAGCUGCGUCGUCGCUUCGAUGCAGCCAUGACACAGACCAAGGAUCAACUAGCCCGACGCAUUUGGGAGGAGACACGAGAGAUUGCUCGCGCCUUUCCGGAUGUCUUUACGCGCGAGGAGAUUGCCAAGAGUCUGGCCCGUCUCGGCUAUGGUGACUUCGAGCUGCCGCCCGAGGAUGAGGUCAUGGAGUUAGAGCAGCAGCGGGACUUGGAAAUGACUGCCAGCUACGCGCGCAUUUCGCCACCUUUGGUGCCCGCCUCGAUCGUCAAAGUGGAGCACACGGAGGAGCCUUUUGGUCUGCGCAACUACAACAACAAUUUGCUGAAGAGCAUUGCCGAGUAUGAGGAUUGCAUGAAGAUGCCAAUGCCACCGCCGCCACCACCACCGCCAAUUGAGCCACAGGAUUUGAGUGUGACGCCACAGCAGCGUCGUGGCUUGAGUGAAAAUGUCAAUCUGCACAAUGUGGCACGAGCACUGCUCAGCAUGCAGCACAUGGCUCCACAGCAACAGCAGCAGUUGCCCGACCAGAGCUUCAAGUCUGCACCGGUACAUCAGGUUGAGCAGGAUGACGAUGACUUGGAGAACCAUGAGAACACCGAGAAUCAACUGAAUCUGAAGAUCAAGAGCAGCAACGAUCUGUACUAUCAGUGCCAGCAGUGCAAUAAAUGCUAUGCCACCUACGCGGGUCUCGUCAAGCACCAGCAGAGUCACGCCUACGAGAGCACCGAGUACAAGAUUAUACGCAGCAAUCCCAGUGGUGGUCCCAUCGUCGACCAAACUGAAUUCUGCACGGAUCAGGCAUCGGCACUCAUCCAAGCGGCGAAUGUUGCCUCAGCGCAAUCUAUGCAGAAGCCGGUGGGUGUGCCACGGUAUCAUUGCAAGGAUUGCGGCAAGUCCUAUUCCACAUACUCUGGCCUAAGCAAGCAUCAGCAGUUCCACUGCCCUUCCGCCGAGGGCAACCAGGUGAAGAAGGUCUUCAGUUGCAAGAACUGUGAGAAGACAUACGUCUCGCUGGGAGCCCUCAAGAUGCACAUACGCACCCACACACUGCCCUGCAAGUGCCCCAUCUGUGGCAAAGCCUUCUCCCGCCCCUGGCUGCUUCAGGGUCACAUACGCACCCACACGGGCGAGAAGCCCUUCAGCUGCCAGCAUUGCAAUCGCGCCUUUGCAGAUCGCUCCAAUCUGAGGGCGCACAUGCAAACACACUCGGAUGUGAAGAAGUACUCCUGCCCCAGCUGCACCAAGUCAUUCUCCCGAAUGUCGCUGCUGGCAAAACACUUGCAGACCGGCUGCCAGACGGAGCAGGGUGGUUCAACAGUAGCAGUAGCAGCAGCAGCAGCAGCCGGGUUCAAUCAGCAGCAGCUGCAGCAGCAUCUGCAGGACUAUGAUGAGAUGGCGCCUCAUCCGCUCUACUAUGCGGGCAGCGUAGGCAGCAGCGGCGGGGAGGAGGAGGAGGGACCCGAAUUUCAAAUGCCCACGCAGGUCAGACGGGGCAUUUACUAA